AUCUGUGCACACAAUCACACAUGAUACAUUUUAUAGAUAAAUUUUAUAAUAAAAUAACAAUAUAGUUCUUUUUAAUGGUCACAAAUCGGUACAACACAUUCUUCUAAAUCGUGUCCCGCACUUAGUCAAAUUUAUAACUCACAAAAUGCACGACACUGCCUUUUGUUUCGAGACUGUAACUCCGGAUACAUGGCUCGCAAACGAGCAAACUUGGAAAGAAAACCUUUUGAAACUACCUAACUGGUAUCAGAUACCUCUUAUAAACUCAAAUGCCUCACACAAUCUACCCGACGGGACGCUGGUGCGGUUCCGGGGUAUGAUCCAAGACAUGCACAACCCGGAGUUCUACUUUGAGCAGUUUGAAGUGUACAACUCUGAGACUAAUGAGGUUAGGAGCAAGUCUGGGAAGUAUCGAGAUACAGCUAAUAUUUUGGAAAAUGAGAAAAUAAACUAUGCAAAUAACCUUCAAAGUGGGCAACGUCAGACAAUGGUUGUAGUUUCUAUGCCAGGCCUGAAUGAGUGGGCUCAGCAGCUUGAAGACAGCCGAAACCAUUUAAGCCACCUAAAACAGCAACCGAACACUUCAAAACGUCUCUCAUCUUCAACAAAGCUGAAACGCAGCUAUGAUGAGACAGAGGAUGAUGCGAUGGAAGUGGAGCAGGAAGUUACGAAUAAAGAGCCUAGGACUAAGGAGGCAGAGGGUGCAGGUGCAAAUGUGGUGUCUCGGGAACAUCUGUUGAACUUCCCGCUGCCUGAUGUUGCUAGCCAAUCUUGUAUAGUUAAGGUAUACACAGAAGACGACCAUCUAAAGCUAAAUGAAAUGAUAGAAGUAGUAGGAUUCUUAUCCAUAGACCCAGCACUAUCUGGCGAGUUCCAACCUGAGACAGACCCACUGAUCAAUCCUCAGAGUGAGAAUGAGGUAGAAGCCAUUACACACAACCCGCCGCCGAGUCUUGUACCGAGAUUACAUGCUGUGUAUGUGAAGAAGUUGGAACAUUGUAACCCCCUGGUUGAAGGAGAGUUUGAUCAAAGCACAGUGUUGAAGGAAGCAAAUACAGCACGGGAGCAUUUACUGAAGGCUCUGACAGAGCUGCUAUUAGGAGACAAACUGGCCGCUGAAUACCUCAUAUGUCACCUCAUAGCCUGUGUCUACCUCCGCCAGGAGACGCUGACGCUGGGUUCGUUCUGCCUGAACAUCUCGAGCCUGCCGACACGCAGGUACCCGCAGUUCGCGCGGCAGCUGUACGACGUCAUCAGGCAGUUCGUCACCAAGAGCUACUACUUGCCGCUCACUGUGGACAACUUGAAUACUAUGGCCCUGCUGCCCAAAAAAGACUACGACUGCAACCGCCUCACCAGCGGGGUCCUGCAGCUGAGCCGGCACACGCACCUCGUGCUGGACGAGACGCGCCUGCAGCAGGGCCGCCUGGGCGCCGCCGGCGUGCACAACGUCACUGCUCUCGGCGAUCUGAUCAAGACACAGAAGGUCAAAUACGACUUCAAGUAUUACCAGAUGGACUUUGAGGCGGAUGUGGCAGUUUUGAUAUUGUCGGAAGGGAAGUCGCUGCUCCCGAGUGAUUACCAUGUUCCACUCCGACCGGAAGAAUCCUCACUAGAAAUCUUUGAUGCCAUAGUGGAAGCCGCCACCUACUACCUCAAGGACGAGAUCAUGAACCUCAUCCGCGCCUACCUCACCAACCUCAAGCUCGUCAAGUACACCAUCACAGAGGAUUUGAAGUUCGUAGAAGACGACUUCAUCGAAAUGCGCCGCAAGUCAACGACCGACGCCCCCGUGACCGCCGACGACCUGCACCGGCUGCUCGUGCUGGCGCGCCUGCUCAGUCUCUCCAGGGGACACGCCACGCUCACCCAGCAGUGCUGGGACACCGCCAAGGCCAUGGAGGCCGAGCUGCAGCACCGGCUGAAGAAUAGAGUGUCUUCGACCAUAUGAAAAAACUUUAUAGCUUAGAAAAAAAAAGAUUGUUUUUGUUUACCGAAGUUCGUUGUGCGAAACUUUUUUUUAUUACUAUUUGAAGCAUGAACCAGUGAUUUAUUAUUAUUACACGUUUUUAUUUUACUCUUUAA